AAGUCAAAAGAGCGUUUGUGAAUUGGAAGUGUGAGUGAGUGGGGGGGCGUUUCUGGUCUGAUGAGUCUGUCUGUAUUUUGACCACAGCAAGAGAGAGAAGAUUCUGCUUCUUCUGAGCUUUUGUGUUUGCGUGUAACAAACAACACUUCAAUCACUCUCUUCAAUUCUUCAUCGAUCCCUUUCUUUCACCCCCUUUCUCAUUUCCUUGCACCCCCCACCCACUUUCAUUUUUCUGUCAGAAUCACAACGAACAACACACAUGCACCUUCUCACAGAUCUCUGCUACUGAUUUGGUGAGUUGACAAGAGUUGAUGGACUGGAGCUGUAAAAGUGAUCAGAAUUGGUAUAAUCAAAGUUUGUGCAUUCACCACAACAUUCCUGUGAAUUGAAAAACUUGUCUUUUCAGUCGUUUCUUCUUUUUCUCAUGUGAAGAUGAAGUAAAGUGAGGUUUUCUUCAAGCUGCUAUUACAUGGUGUAUUGUAUUUUAUGGACAUUGUGUAGAAAUAUUAGAAAUUGAAAAUAUUAAUUAAAAUGGGUGGCAUUUGCUCAAAGUCAUGGAAAGCCACUGUAGAUGGUGUAGCUGUAGAUAAUGUACCUGUUGAAAGCAGCAGUUCAAGGCAUGCUAAUGGUCAUGCUAAUAAUAACAAUGAACCUGGGAUCAAUUAUCAUCAGUCUAUUUCUGGAAAUAUUAAUAGCAAUUCAACUCUGCCUCCUCUUGCGGAUGAAUUUGAUAAGCAUCAAAGGGAGUCGUUUUCUUUUACCGGAUUGGAAAAGGUUCCGUAUGGGCCGGGUGCGGAAGAUAUCAAUGAUGGGAUUCCUCAUUUGUCGAGGGCAUUAUCGCACAAAUCUAGAUCAAAUAAGUCCAAGCAAGCUGCUGUUAAGGUAUCAGAAGUGAGUUCACUCUUGGGAAGAGCUGGUACAGCUGGGCUUGGCAAGGCAGUAGAUGUUUUGGACACACUAGGUAGUAGUAUGACAAAUUUGAAUCUCAGCAGUGGUUUUACAUCGGGAGUUACAACAAAAGGAAAUAAAAUUUCAAUUUUGGCCUUUGAAGUUGCAAACACAAUAGUUAAGGGUGCCAAUCUAAUGCAAUCUCUUUCAAAAGAGAACAUUAAACAUUUAAAAGAGGUGGUUCUACCAUCUGACGGAGUGCAAAAUUUGAUAUCUACAGAUAUGAAUGAACUCCUGAGAAUUGCUGCCGCAGACAAGAGAGAAGAAUUGAAAAUAUUUUCUGGUGAAGUUGUGCGUUUUGGAAAUCGAUGCAAAGAUCCUCAGUGGCACAACCUGGAACGCUAUUUUGAGAAGUUAGGUUCAGAGCUUUCACCGCAAAGGCAAUUGAAAGACGAGGCAGAGAUAGUGAUGCAACAAUUAAUGACCUUUGUUCAAUAUACUGCUGAAUUAUAUCAUGAAUUGCAUGCCUUAGACAGGUUUGAUCAAGAUUAUCGACGCAAGCUUCAAGAAGAGGACAAUUCAAAUGCCACACAGAGAGGAGACAGCCUUGCAAUUUUAAGAGCAGAACUGAAGAGUCAAAAGAAGCAUGUAAGAAAUUUGAAGAAAAAAUCACUGUGGUCCAAGAUUUUGGAAGAGGUGAUGGAAAAGCUUGUAGAUAUUGUCCAUUUUCUAUAUUUGGAGAUAAACGAAGCAUUUGGUUCUGCUGAUACGGAUAAGCACGUGAAAGAUUCUCAAGGCAAUCAUAAGAAGUUGGGGGCUGCUGGUCUUGCUUUGCAUUAUGCAAACAUUAUCACUCAAAUUGAUACUCUGGUGUCUCGAUCAAGUUCUGUGCCUCCUAAUACUAGGGAUGCUUUAUAUCAAGGGCUGCCGCCUAAUGUAAAAUCAGCAUUGCGCUCAAGGUUACAAUCAUUUCAAGUUAAAGAAGAGCUUACUAUCCCACAAAUCAAAGCUGAAAUGGAGAAAACAUUGCAGUGGCUUGUUCCUAUUGCCGCUAAUACAACGAAAGCUCAUCAUGGUUUUGGAUGGGUUGGAGAAUGGGCAAAUACAGGGUCUGAUGUCAACCGUAAACCUGCGGGCCAGACCGACUUGUUGAAAAUCGAAACACUACAUCAUGCCGAUAAAGAUAAAACAGAAGGGUAUAUACUUGAACUGGUUAUCUGGCUACAUCACCUAGUCAGCCAAGUAAGAGUUGGUAAUGGAGGAAUAAGGUCUCCGGUCAAAUCUCCAAUUCGUUCUCCUAACCAAAUAACGGUGCAGUUGUUUACUCAAAAAGGCUGCUCUACGUCUCCGUUGUUAACAAUGGAAGAUCAACAAAUGCUUCGAGAAGUUGGUAAGCGGAAACUAACACCAGGCAUUAGUAAGAGCCAGGAAUUCAGCACUGCCAAAACGAGGUUGAGCAAACACCAUAGGCUAAGCAAGAGUAGUAAUCAUUCCCCAAUCAAUGAAAGUAAAAACGAUAUAUUCUCUACGAGGAGGCUACCUUCUGUUCCUUUUAUCGACUUUGAUAUUGACCGAAUGAAGGCGUUGGAUGUCAUUGAUAGGGUGGAUACCAUUGGAAGUUCAUAACUGUGGGGCAUGUUUUGAUCUUGAAGUCAAAGGGUAAUGGUAUAAUUGAAUGAAUUUGUUGCCUCCUUCAAAGUUGAGUAGUGCUCCCCUUUGUUUCUUGUGGAAAAUGCAAUAGUCUUUUUGAGAUUGAUUGAUGUAAUUGUAGAUGAUUGUGGCAUAGAGAGACAAAGGGGGUCAAAGUUUUCAUUAGAUGUACAUGUACAGAUCAAAUGGUCAUAUAAAUAUUUUGUCAUCGCAUUAUCGUGAUAUUUAAACUUGUUAAAAUGGAAAUUUGAAAAUAUUGAAA